AGUUUUGCCUGGAUGAGACGGGGAGGGAGAGCGAGCACAGACAGCCUUCCUGGUUUGAAGAGGAGGAUCUGAUCUGCUGGGAAGCGAGAGGAAGGCAGGAGCCGUCCGUUGUGACACUUGCUGAUAAGACUUUGUAGUAGGGCAAUGCUUAUAAGAUGGAUGAACAGGCUUAUUUUAGAGCACAUAUCCUGUGCAGAAAAAUGAAGUUGUUCUCCUCAUGGUGGUGAAACAGAUGCCACAAUGGGACGUGCACAGACAGGACCUGAGCUCAACAGCAGCAAGUCUCCCCAUUGGUGAGUCCCAGAAACAGCCAGUCUGGUGCAUGACUGCUGCUCAUGGCUCUCUGCACCUCUGGAGAGAUACGAUGGUGGACUUUUCUCGCAGAAGACCUCUUCUUCAGUCAGACUAUUGCUGUACUCUUCCUUGGACACUUUAAGCCAUGCAAUGGGGAAUCCAACCCAUCAGGUGAAGGGAAUCCUGGGAGGAUCAGUCUUGUUUCCUGUCAAUAUAUCUCAAGGAAUAACAGUGGAGAAAAUGGAAUGGGACUUUCUACCCCAAAGGGGUGGCCUGGGCUUUUGGCUGGGGGAAUUCAGUCAUGGGAAACUGGAGCAACAAAGUCCCUCCGACCGGUUUGGACAACGGCUAGACAUGGUGGAUGAGACAACACUGAGGAUCAAAGACCUGGAGUUGGAUGAUGGUGGGAUCUACAAUGCUCGCAUCUGGCUUACUAAGUCACAGUUUCAAGAACAGAGUUUCAGCCUCACAGUUUAUGAGCCAGUGCCAACACCACAGAUACACUUUCAGGAAGUCUCCCAGACUUCAGAGGGAUGCAAUGUGACCCUGCAGUGCCAGGCACCUAGAAAGGAAGAGUUCAGUAUCUCAUGGAAAAGAGGGAAUCCCCCAAGGGCAUUAGGAAACAGCCUGUACGAGUAUCAGCUUUCUGACAGUGGAAGGAAUCUCUGUGUCUUCUGGCGAAAAGACUCUUCGGACUCGGCGUUCACCUGCCUGCUUACUAAUUCUGUUGACCAAAAGAAUGCCUCCUUUGACUUGCUCAAAAUUUGCCCAGGUGUACAGGUCAGACGCCAGAGACAUAUCAUUAUCUCCACUGCAGUUGUCAUGUUGCUGAUCAUGAUGGUGGCGGCAGUGAUGUGGAUGUGGAUGAGGAGGAAACGAAAAUUCAAAAAGAAGGAAAGAGAUAUUCACUCAUUGAUACUAGAGGACUUGGAGAGCUCUUCUGCACACCGGAACUCAGCAAGAAAUCCACAACAAGAUGGUGAUAAUCAGGUUUUCUGGGACAGAACGGAAGUUACAGCGAGUUCCCCACCACUCUGGAAAUCCUGUCCUUCUGUCUGUUCUGACUCUGUAUCAGACCCAGAAUCUUCAGGGAAUGAAGCCAAGGACCUGGAGGAGAAGGCACCCUUCUUGAAGAUGGUGCUAGAGAUCCCAUUAAGAGACCAUCAGGGGAGAGAACCACCAAAGACCCCUCCUGGCCAUCAGUACUGGUGGUACCAAACGUACCCUAAAACUAAACAGUGCUGGCAACGGCGCCAGGAUUCCAUUGUUGAAUUAACUGGACAAGGGUCAAAGUUGCCAACUAAGUAUAUUAAGGUCAUUAGUAUAACAAAGGAAGCUGCUUAUGCCAGAGGGCAAAUGUGUCGGCCCCCUCCCUCACUUGGCUGGCAGUGAAAAAGAGUUGAGUGUGUGUGAGCUGGGCUAAAAACAGGCGGGUGACAGAAGCCAGAGAGUGAAAGCAUGCCUGAUUUCUUUGUUUGUGUCUGUGUAAUUUUUAGUUUUCAAUUUUACAGUUUAAAACAUCAAUGACUUCCCUUCUUCUCUUUUCAUGGUUCAAUUUGCAUACCAUAAAUCCCUGCACACAAGAUGACCCGGAUGGUCGCCAGUUUCU